AUGCCUAGGAUGCUUCCGACUCUCAGAGCAGACCGGGCAGGCAGGCUUCCGGCGUUUAUGCUGCAAGAAUUCGAGAAACAUGGCCACACAUACACCCAACGAGUGACGGGCCAACUCGUGGUUUUAACCAGAUCACCAGCCAAUGUGCAGACCAUUUGCAAAACCCGCUUCAAAGACUACGAGAUUGGGUCAGACCGCACCGGGAAUUUUCGUGCUCUCAUCGGCCAUGGCAUCCUUGCCUUGGACGGACGGCAAUGGUCCAGAUCUCGCGCCAUGCUGAGACCACAUUUCACAAGAAACUUUGACCAAGACUUUGCACAAUUGGAAGUACACGCCCAGCAUCUUCUGCGGCGGCUGACCGAUGCGGCCUCGAAAGGCAUGCCUGUCGAUGUGGCUGACUUGCUCUUGAAGCUGGGCACCGACUUCGCAACCGAGGCAGUCUUCGGGCACAGCACCAACUCCUUGCUCUUUGACUUAAAGCACUGGUCAGGAGAACAGGAUAUAGGGAGCGCAGGAGAUUUUUCUCUGGCGGUGGAUCAUGCUCUUCAUAUGCUAGGACAAAGAGGUCAGCUGAUCAACUUCUAUUGGAUUCGCGAUUCGCCUCGGUUUCGACAGUCUUGUCGGACUUGCCAGGCAUUCGUCAAUCAAUACCUGGAAGAUGCACGACAGUCUCAGACCGAGCAGAGCAUCGAGGACACGGGGAAAGGGGGGGCCAUGUCGUUCAUGCAUUCGCUGGUGGCCAGAGAUAAUAUCCCCGCCGAUGUGAUAAGGGAUCAACUUUUGGCUUUGCUGUUAGCAAGCAGGGAUACCUCAGCCUCCUUCGCCUCCUGGGUGAUCUACGCCCUGGCCCGACAUACCGAAGUCAUGGCAAAGCUUCGCAGCUUGACCGAGACUCAAUUGCCUAGGGAUAGGCCUCCGACGGUGGCAGAAAUCGCCGCUCUUCCGUAUCUCCGUCACGUCUUGAACGAGACGCUCCGCCUUUUUCCUGUGGUACCCCUAAAUGGGCGGACGGCCAAGGUCGAUACUAUACUCCCAGAAGGAGGCGGUGUCGACGGGAAAAGUCCGCUGUUGAUACCGGCAGGCACCAAGGUGGCUUUCAACAUUUACGCUUUGCACCAUCGACGAGAUAUCUUCGGGAUGGAUGCUGACGUCUUUCGACCAGAACGAUGGGAAGAGAUUGGUGCUGGCGCCAUGAGUGACUUCGAAGGAGCCUUCGUGCCCUUCAUACUCGGGCCUCGGGUCUGUCUGGGCAAAAACAUGGCGAUGAUGACCGUCUCCUAUUUGAUCGUCCGAAUCCUGCAGAAAUUUGAACACCUCGAGGCUGUUGAGAGCCCCGCAUCACAAACCCUCCCCAGAGACCCGCGCAAUUGGCCGAGUGAAGACACCCGGUACGAUAUGGAGGAUAAGGAGACAACCUUCAGCAUCGGCAUAACGAUGUCUCCUCGUGACGGUGUGUGGGUGAAACUGCGAUCGGCAGGAGAGACAUAG